AAUUUGCUCGCUCCCUCACACAUUCACCAGUGUUAUAUGGAAGCGUGUGGAUUAAACUGACAGCAGACAGUGUGUGCUGAGAGGAGAGACGACAGACAGCAUCUGCAUUCACACAACGAUGAUAAACAACAACAGCAUAGCCUUUACAUGAAGCACAUUUUUAACUUUUCUCACUUCCAAGCACAAAGAAACAGAGGAUUUUCUUCUCUCCUGCGCUGAAACUAAAACAUCAACUGCAGACGCUUCAACACGCAGCUCGUGUAUUACAACAAUCGAGGCAUUUCAGAAUGCUUGACUGCAGGAUUUCAUGAAUCCACAGGAAAACAGUGUGCAGCAUUUGAUGUCAUUCAUACGGAUUACAGCUCUAACCGGGUCUCUUACAGAGCAGCCAAACUGAGAACGGUCCUGGUCUAGUCUCCACUGAGGAACUUCAGACCGCUGACAAAGUAAGUGUUUGGUUGUUUCUCGUGUGUCUGUGUGUGUGUGUGCACAUCAACCGCACCUGUAGCUAUGAAGAAACAUCCCGUCAGAUUCAUAUGGACCACAACUCAUUCUAUUGGCUUUGACGAACGUGUCGUCGCGAGACCGAUGUUAUUUGCACACGGCUGGUGAAUCGUGGACCUCAGCCAUGGGAUCGAGGCUGGGGGGGAGAAUAGCCUGAUCUCUUGUGCUCAUUGUAGAGCCUCCCCAGACCCACCAAUCAGGGAUCAGCAGGGCAGGAUGGUGCCGCCCCCUCCCGCUAACAAGCCGCACGCGUUCCUGUCCGCUAUCGUCAUCGUCGGCAGCAUGGCGCUGAUGGACGCGUACCUCGUCGAGCAGAACCGAGGCCCGCGCAAGAUCGGCAUCUGUAUCAUGGCGACCGUGGGUGACCUGUGUUUCCUCAUCGUGCUGCGCUACGUGGCGGUGUGGGUAGGAGCCGAGGUGAGGAGCGCAAAGAGAGGCUACGCCAUGAUCCUUUGGUUCCUCUACAUCUUCGUUCUAGAAAUUAAGGUGUACUUCAUCUACCAGAACUACAAGGCUGACCGGAAAAGCCUGGACGCUUUAGCAAGAAAAGCCCUGACUCUGCUGCUUUCUGUCUGCGUUCCAGCGCUGUUCGUUAUUUUGGUGGCUAUCGACCGCAUGGAGUACGUCAAGGCUUUUAAGAAGAAGGAGGAGAUUAGAAACCGCUUGUUCUGGGUGGUGGUGGAUCUGUUGGACGUGCUGGACAUCCAGGCCAACCUAUGGGAGCCGCAGAAGAAAGGGCUUCCUAUCUGGGCGGAGGGACUAAUGUUUUUCUACUGCUAUAUUCUUCUGUUAGUGCUGCCCUGCGUGUCUCUGAGUGAGAUCAGCAUGCAGGGGGUUAACAUCAGCCCUCACAAGAUGAUGCUCUAUCCAAUUCUGAGUUUGGUCACCAUUAACAUCGUAACCCUUUUCAUUCGAGGAGGGAAUAUGCUUCUCUAUAAAGACAACCGUGUCUCAGGGAUACUGAUGGGUAAAAACGUAUUAGCCAUAAUUCUGAAGAUGUGCAGCUUUGCGCAGUACAGGAGACAUCUUCGGAACGCUCCGGAUGCAUUUGGAACAGAACUGCGGAAGAACUCUGUACCGUCGAGUCGCUCUGUGCAGAGACCUCGACAGACUGCACCGCGGGAUCAAACUGCGCCGCACGAGGUGGACGCGUGCGAACGCACGUGACGCAGAAUUUCCAUCGGACUUACCUUUCUUUGACCGACAGGAAUUUCCUGUGAAAAUGUGCUCACGGAGAAGGGUGCACUUUGUUUUUAGUCAUGCAUCUGUAUGUGAUUGUAAGUGUUGGUCGAAAAGACUCUAGAAAUUGCAUAUAGCUAGAGUCAAAUUCUUGCUAUGGUUUACAGGAUACACUGCGUACAAUAUGCAACACAUGUGGAUUGAUCAAGAUAACCCGAUGUGUCCUUCAUCAGAGUCGUGAGACUAUGAUUCAAUUUACUACGCUUUCUACAAGAAACACAUUGUUGCACACUCGGACUAAAUGUCCUCUUUUUUCAAUUCAAUUCAAUUUGAUUUACAUAGUACUUUUCACAAUUGUUUAUCAUUCCAAAGCAGCUUUACAUGACAUAGAAACAAAGAAAAAGCAAAGAACAACAAAAGCAUGGCAGUUUUGAAAUAUAGUUUAGAAUGGAGUACAUGAAGUUACAUGAAAAUUUUUAUCAAAUUAGUUUCUUAUUUAAAGAUGUAAUGUGGGUUUUUUAUGAAGGUAUAUUUGGUGCAAAACAACUGCACACCUGUGACAGUAAAAUUUGUAUUUGUAGAGAUUAUCCACACAUGUGUAUCAGUAAAUUUGAAGUCACAGAUGAAGAGUUGCAAACUUGUAGAUUUUUUUUCUUUCCCUCAAAUACAACACAACAGUUAC